AUGUCAGGAGACUACGAGGAUGACCUCUGCCGUCGGGCACUCAUCCUGGUCUCGGACCUCUGUGCACGGGUCCGAGAUGCCGACUCCAGUGAUAGGUGCCAAGAGUUCAACGACCUGCGAAUCAGAGGCUAUCCCCGGGGCCCCGAUGCAGACAUCUCCGUGAGCCUGCUGUCGGUCAUCGUGACGUUCUGUGGCAUUGUCCUUCUGGGUGUCUCCCUCUUCGUGUCCUGGAAGCUGUGCUGGGUGCCCUGGAGGGACAAGGGAGGCUCAGCAGUGGGCGGUGGCCCCCUGCGCAAAGACCUAGGCGGGGUCGGGCUGGCAGGCCUGGUAGGCGGCGGUGGGCACCACCUAGGGGCUGGCCUGGGUGGCCAUCCCCUGCUGGGGGGCCCACACCACCAUGCCCACACUGCCCACCAUCCGCCCUUCGCUGAGCUGCUGGAGCCGGGCAGCCUAGGGGGGUCAGACCCCCCAGAGCCCUCCUACUUGGACAUGGACUCGUAUCCAGAGGCUGCAGCUGCUGUAGUAGCCGCUGGGGUCAAACCGAGCCAGACAUCUCCUGAGCUGCCCUCUGAGGGUGGCGCAGGCUCUGGGCUUCUCCUGCUUCCCCCAAGUGGUGGGGGCUUGCCCAGUGCCCAGUCGCAUCAGCAGGUCACAAGCCUGGCACCCACCACCAGGUACCCAGCCCUGCCCCGGCCCCUCACCCAGCAGACCCUGAGCUCCCAGCCGGAUCCGGGCAGUGAGGAGCGGCCGCCCGCCCUACCCUUACCCUUACCAGGCGGUGAGGAAAAAGCCAAGCUCAUCGGACAGAUCAAGCCAGAGUUGUACCAAGGGACUGGACCCGGCGGCCGGCGGGGCGGCGGGGCCCCAGGUUCCGGAGAGGCCGGCGCGGGGGCGCCCUGUGGCCGCAUCAGCUUCGCCCUGAGGUACCUCUACGGCUCCGACCAGCUGGUGGUGCGGAUCCUGCAGGCCUUGGACCUCCCGGCCAAGGACUCCAAUGGCUUCUCAGAUCCCUACGUCAAGAUCUACCUGCUGCCUGACCGCAAGAAAAAGUUUCAGACCAAGGUACACAGGAAGACCCUGAACCCAGUGUUCAAUGAGACAUUUCAGUUCUCCGUGCCCCUGGCUGAGCUGGCCCAGCGCAAACUGCACUUCAGCGUCUAUGACUUUGACCGCUUUUCCCGGCACGACCUCAUCGGCCAGGUGGUUCUGGACAACCUCCUGGAGCUGGCCGAGCAGCCCCCCGACCGCCCGCUGUGGAGGGACAUCGUGGAGGGUGGCUCGGAAAAGGCAGAUCUUGGGGAGCUCAAUUUCUCACUUUGCUACCUCCCCACGGCCGGGCGCCUCACCGUGACCAUCAUCAAAGCCUCUAACCUCAAAGCAAUGGACCUCACCGGCUUCUCAGACCCCUACGUGAAGGCCUCUCUGAUCAGCGAGGGGCGGCGUCUGAAGAAGAGGAAAACCUCGAUCAAGAAGAACACGCUGAACCCCACGUACAACGAGGCGCUGGUGUUCGACGUGGCCCCCGAGAGCGUGGAGAACGUGGGGCUCAGCAUCGCGGUGGUGGACUAUGAUUGCAUCGGACACAACGAGGUGAUCGGCGUGUGCCGCGUGGGUCCCGACACUGCUGACCCCCAUGGCCGCGAGCACUGGGCCGAGAUGCUGGCCAACCCGCGCAAGCCCGUGGAGCACUGGCACCAGCUGGUGGAGGAAAAGACUUUGACCAGCUUCACAAAAGGCAGCAAAGGAUUGUCAGAGAAAGAGAACUCAGAGUGA